CGUGUUAAGAAUAGAAAUAAUCUGUGGAAGACAUCUUUCUCCUCGCGGCAGCACUGGGAGAAAGACUAGCUGGCCCUGGCGUCCUCAGGAUAGUCAUUCAGGUUGAUUAGCUGCAGUACGUACGUACUGUAACGACUUGGCGCGGACAAGGACUGCUGGAGGAGACUAAAAUGAUGCAUCAGCAAUCCAUGAUGGUUGGAGAUAUGUUACCCGUUCACCCUGAAAUACCUGUCCAUGGCGAAGAAAUGAACAACGUUGGGUACGACACGAGUGGGUCGUACGCUUAUGACGACCUGUUUCCUGCGCUCCCGCACUCGCAGCCGCCAGUGCAGAGAAACAUCCAGCAGGUCACCAAUAAACUUCGUGUUGGCUCAUCUUUGCACACUCAAGUAUUCCAUGUGCCAUACGAAGAAAGAAAGCUGGACAAUGCUAACACUUUUGGAGAGGGUGAAUCGCUGAGAACAUGUCAGGCAAUCACUAAAGAUACUGGUGCCCACAUUGAGAUCUCUACCAGCAAAGACGGAAGCCUCACGUUCCUUAUCACCGGCAAGCACAGUGCCGUUCUUGAAGCUCGGCGUCAAAUUUUGACCCAUUUCCAACAACAAGCUAGUAAGCAAAUUGCGAUUCCUAAAGAACAUCAUCGCUGGAUUCUGGGAAAACAAGGCCAAAAGCUGAAAGAUCUGGAGAAAGUCACUGCAACUAAAAUUAGUGUGCCAGGGAUUGCUGACAAUAGCGAAACUAUCACUAUCACUGGGACUAAGGAAGGUAUUGAAAAGGCUGAACACGAGAUCAGGGUCUGUUCAGAAGAGCAGUCUCGUAAAGCUCUCGAGCGAAUCACCAUUCCAAAAACCUAUCACCCCUUCAUCCAAGGUCCUUAUGGCGAGCGUGCACAAGCCCUCAGUGCUGAAACUGGUGCUCGCAUCCAUAUCCCUCCCGCGUCCACGCAAAGUGACGAAAUUGUUAUCGCCGGUGAGAAAAAUGGAGUUUUGGCAGCUAAGGCGCAAAUUGAACAGAUCUAUGAAGACAUGGUCAAGAAAUGUUCAACGGUUCGGGUAGAAGUACCCAAAUCGCAGCAUAAGUAUGUUAUUGGUGCUCGUGGCACAACAAUUCAGGAGAUUCUUAAAGAGACUGGUGUCUCUGUUGAAAUGCCUCCACCUGAUUCCCCUACUGGCACUAUAACUCUUCAUGGACCCCACAACAAAAUUGGCCUGGCUCUAUCUAAGGUAUGUGAAAAAGCGAACUCUGUUAAAACUGCCACUGUUGAUGCCCCAACAUGGAUUCAUAAAUACAUCAUUGGGAAGAAUGGAUCCAACAUUAAGAAGCUCACCCAAGAUUUCUCCAAGGUUCAUGUAGACAUUACUCAUUCUGAAGAUAAAGUAAAAAUCGAUGGUCCCCCUGAAGAAGUAGAGCGUGCCCAAGUGGAACUUGAUGACUUUGUUAAAAACCUGCUUGCAACUCUCACUUAUGUUGAACUCUCCGUUGACCCGAAAUUCUUCAAACACAUUAUUGGCAAAAGUGGAUCGAACAUUAACAGACUGAAAGAUGAGACUGGUGUAGUUAUUAAUAUUAUUGAAAACGAAAAUAACAACGUAAUUCGCAUCGAGGGUAGCCACCAGGGUGUGGCCGAUGCCGAAAGAGAACUUAGGGAGAUGGUAAUGAAGCUUGAAAACGAAAGAACGAAAGAAGUUUAUGUCGAUCACAGAUACAUUAAAUCACUCAUUGGAGUCAGAGGAGAGAAAAUUAAGGAAAUCCGUGAAAAGUUUGAUCGCGUUCUUAUCUCCCUGCCUGAUCAAGGCCAAAAGAGGAGCCCAAUCAAACUGAGAGGUCCACAGGAAGAUAUCGAGAAAUGUGAGAAGUUCCUCCACAAACUAUUGAAAGAAAUCGCUGAAUCGUCAUACGUUCAAGAGGUGCCCAUUUUCAAGCAAUUCCAUAAGUUUAUUAUCGGCAAGGGUGGCGCUAAUCUGAGGAAAAUUCGUGACGAGACGCAAACUCAGAUAGAUCUCCCGGCUGAAGGGGACGACAGUGACGUCAUCACCGUUCGUGGCAAACGCGAGAACGUGGAGGAGGCCGUCAAGAGGAUACAGCAAAUCCACAACGAGAAGGCGAAUAUCGUAACGGAGGAGGUGACGAUUCCCCCUAAAUAUUACAAUUCGUUGAUCGGUGCGGGUGGUAAACUUAUUCAUUCCAUAAUGGAGGAGUGCGGCGGUGUGCUUAUAAAGUUCCCGCCGGCGGAGAGCGACAGCGACAAGGUGGUGAUCAAGGGGCCAGUGGAGGAUGUAGAGAAAGCCAAGCAGCAGCUGCUGGCGCACGCGUCGGAGCGCGAGCUGACGUCACACACGGCGCACGUGCGCGCCAAGCCCGAACACCACAAGUUCCUCAUCGGCAAAAAUGGUGCUAAUAUUAAAAAGAUUCGCGAGCAGACUGGCGCUCGUAUAAUCUUCCCGACUGAGAAGGACGAGGACAAAGAAGCUAUUUUCAUUAUUGGGCGCGAGGAGCAAGUGGAGGCAGCUCGCAAGCAACUCGAGGCAGCUGUGGCCGAGAUCAGCAACGUGUCGGAAGGCGAGAUGUCGGUGGCCGCACGUCACCACCGACACUUCGUUGCGCGUCGCGGCGAAGUGUUGCGACGUAUCGCCGACGACUGCGGCGGUGUGCAGAUCUCUUUCCCGCGCCAGGGCGUCAAUAGCGACCGCGUGGUGCUGAAGGGACCCAAGGACUGCAUCGAGGCCGCUAAGGCUCGCAUCAACGAAAUUAUCGAAGAUUUGGAAGCCAAGGUGACAAUUGAAUGCGUGAUUUCACAAAGGCAUCACCGCACCGUGAUGGGUGCUCGCGGUGCCAAAGUGAAGGAUAUCACGGCAGAGUUCGAUGUACAAAUUAAGUUCCCCGAGCGCGACACGUCGGAAGCCGCCGACAUCCCCGUUAAGAAUGGGGAUGAGAACGCGGAGCCCGGUGUGAAUGAUAUCAUCAGAAUAACUGGGCGGCCUGAAAACUGCGAGGCGGCUAAGAAGGCUUUGCUGGAACAAGUGCCAAUAACCAUUGACGUGGAAGUCCCCAAUCACCUUCACAAGCUACUCUCUGGCCCAAGGAGGAGAGAACUGAUGCAGACCUACGAUGUCCAUAUCUUGCUGCCGUCUAGCAAUGACCCUCCUAGCGACCUGGUCAAGGUCACUGGUACUCCAACUAAUGUUGAAAAAGCCAAACAGGCACUGACUGAGAAGAUUGUUGAAUUGGAGGAAGAGCAAAAAGAUAGAGAACUCAGGUUAUUUGAGCUGACAUUCAAAGUAGAUCCUGAGUACCACCCCCUUGUUAUUGGGAAAGGCGGUUCAGUGAUUACGAAAAUUCGCACGGACUAUGGGGUGCAAAUAAACCUUCCCAAGCGCGGAGAAGCGAACGACGACACCAUCACAAUAACGGGAUACGAGGACAAGGCCAUCCAGGCCAAGGAAGCUAUCAUGGCUAUUGUCCACCAACUUGAUAACCAAUACCGCGAAGAGGUAGACAUCGAUCCUCGCGUACACCGACGAUUAAUCGGACUCCGCGGCAAGAACAUCAGGCGUAUAAUGGACGACUACAAGGUGGACAUCCGAUUCCCGAACUCGAACGCCAGGCAAGGCGACGACAGCAUCGUCGUCAUCACCGGCGACGAGGAUAACGUCCUCGAUGCUAAAGACCAUCUUCUGAAUUUGGCAGAAGAAUAUUUGCAAGACGUGGCCGACCACCGAUACCAGCGACCGGCCGGCCCAUCGCUGGGCGACUUCGGCGACGUGUUGAACACGGACAACGGAGCCGGCGCCAACGCGGCCGCGGGCGCCGGGCCCACCAGCGGCUUCGUGGUGAAGGGCGGGCCGUGGGAGCAGCGCGCGCCCGACACGGCGUCCACGCACGAGUUCCCCACGAUGCCCGGCGCCACUCGCGCGCCGCCCGCCGCGCAGCCCUCGCCCGCGCCCUGGGGCCCGCGCCGCUGAACCCCCCUCCCCCCUCCUCGCCCCUCCCCGACUCGCGGUGCCGUGUCUUUAUUAUUACGAUAACAUAUUUGUAUAACUAUAUUAUAUUAUACGUGUUUUAAGAAGUCUGCCGGUAGAAUAGAAAUGAUUAUGCCACGUCUGCAUCCCUCGGUGAGCGACGCUCGAUGCGAUCGUUCGACCCGUUUACCGCAGCGAGCCGCGCUCUCGACGCUCCCGCUGCGCGAUUGUGAUCGAUCCGCGUUCCCGUGACUGAAUUUGUAACGAUGUAAUAUCGAAUUAGGAAUCUACAUAAUAUUUAACGAUCGAUUAGAAGGUGUCUGUAUAUCAUACAUUCUUUGUAUGUAUCCAGUGAACUCCUACUUAUCGAUAUAAUAUUUUCGCAAUGAAAUUAGGCUGAUCGAUUUUAUUAAGUUUUAAUUAGUAUUCAUUAUCGCCAUGUUGUUAUUGUAAUAAUGUAAUGAUGAAUUUUGUUUUUUUUUUAUAUCAAAAAUGCCAUUGACUUCCUUGUUGAU